GGCUGCCCUGGGGAGCGCCAUGUUGGUUCCCGGGGCAUGCAGGCAGGUGUAGAUUUUUUUGUCAUGCCUGGGAGCAGCAUGGCAGCACGAUGCCUGGCCAGCGGUGAGGGCCAGGACCACGGGUGAGGUGGGCGAGCCCCUUCGUUGGGCACAGGGGUGUUCCCUGCCCGGGGGAGCCAGGAGGGGAAGCUUCAGACCGCUGCCGGUCCAUUGGAGGUGAGCUGGAUCCGGGCAGCCCUAGGGAGUCACCUAAGGUCUGACAGAAGGGAAGAAGAGAAGGCGGCGGACACCCCCCCAACUCACUAGAGCUCCUCCUGAGCCCUGCUCCCCCCGUGCAGCUCCCCCGCAGCCUGCCCUGCAGCCCCAGACCCUGCCGUGAGGGCUGGCCCUCAAAUGUGCUUGAUUCUCCCUUAAUCUGGGUGCCAUUAGCUGCAGUGGGGGUAGCUGCAUGGGGAAGAGUGGCAUCUCCAGAAGCCCCCGGGGAAGGAGAGGCUUCACCCAGGGGGGAUUUAGGCUGAUAAUGGUCGCUGCCACUUCUUUCCCUCUGCCCGAGGCUGCCCUGAGGACACGGUUGUCUGUUCCUCCCCUGGGGAUGCCAUUGACUGCUCCCACCUCAGGCUUGGGUGGGUUGAGACAGCUCACCUGGCCUCGCCGUCUUCACAGCGUGGGGGUGAAAAGGGGCAGGCAGAGAAAACUUAACUGCCCGUGGGUAGGAGCUGCCGCGGCCGAAGCUGGAGAAGCCAGAGAAAGACAAGGAGAAGCUGAAGGCCACGCGGCCGGUAGUUGCCUCUCGUUGCAGGCAAGAGAGAAGCUGCCUCUCCGCGCGGGAAGCAUCCCUCUUCCUAGACCACAGUGGGCACCGCAGGGUCUGCGUGUGUACCCCAAAGCACGAGAGAGCCAGGCUGUGUGUCUAGGAAGCCUCAUCGUUGUAAGAGCGGUGAGGGGGAGGAGAGCCGAGCGACCAGAGUUACAGAAGAGGGAGGGAGGAGAGAACAAGGAAGAGGCCUCUGAACUGUUAAAUUCUCCCGACCGCGCUGAGAGCGAGAGCUGCGGAUCACGGAAAGACGAGAGCGGUGAGAAGCCCUGUGAGCUCAGUGUAACGCGUCUCUUUCUGCUGUGCUGCUGUGACUUGGUUAGCGGUACUUUAUAACCCACGUUCCAAGACCGCACCUUUACUGCGAGAAGGAUAUUUAAGCAGAAGGGUAUGUCAAAUAACAUUUAACCCCAUUACAAAUGCAAGAUUUCAUAAAAGGGCACCGUGCUCCCAUCCUGCAGUCAGUCGUAACCUUACUC